AGAAAAUAAUAAAUUUGUUUACAAAUUUUAAAAUUUUUUAUUAAAAUUUAUUAACGGACGGAUCUUACUUACAACAACAACAACAACAAAAAAUCCCCCUCUCUGUACCACAACAACAAUGCCUGUAAUUUUUAAAAUUUGUUUAACUUAAAAGCUACAAAACCAACCGCUGAGAAAAUUCCUUAAAUAAAUAUUGAAAAAAAGAAAAAAAGUGAAGAAAUUAAUUAGUUUUUUGAAAAUACAACCUGCUGCUUUUUCUAUAAGUUUUUAAGUAAAAAAAAAACAACAACAACAUAAAUUAAAAGAAUAUUUUAUAAAAAAAAGCUGCUGCUUGAAAUGCUAAAUAGAAAUUUCCCUUUCAAAAUAAAUUUUAAGUUGUAAAACGCUUCCUUCUACAACUAUAAACCUCGCUCCUCGGUAAAAUCCCACAAUCAUCACAAUCCGAAAUCCUUUUUAAAGAAAAAGCUUACAAACCGUUAAAAAAAAAAGUUUUUCGCUUAAUACUUUUCAUCACAAUUAAAUUCUAGUCAUUUUUGGAAUUUUGCUAAAAAAAUAAAAAAGAAAAAAAAUCAAUUUUUAUUUGAAAACUUUAGAAGCUAAUGGUUUUGAAAAAUCUACUACUACUACUACUACUACUAUUGCCUGCAACCCUGCAAGUAAAGAAACGUCAUUGAGAAAGAAAGAAAAAAACUUGUCAUAAUUAUUAAUUUGGCAACUGAAAUAUUUAGAAAUAAAAAAACAAAUAUUUCUAAAGAAAUCAAUUCAUUUAAAACAAACGUAAAUCAAGAAAAAAGAUAAACAUCUUUAAAAUAUCAAAAUCAAAUCCCCUUCCCUCCACCACCACCACUACUACCAACAUCAUCAACAACAUACCCCUUUAAGCUGACAGCGAGUGCGUGUUUGUGUCUGUGUAUUAAAUAAAUAAUUUUUGCAUUAUAAUAUAUAUUUGUUGUUCCCGCUCCGCCCUACGGCCUCUGUCAGUUGGCAGCUUAAAUUUUUUUUGGUGUAAUAAUAAUUUUCUAUAAUUAUUUUUUUUUCCGAUAAAAAAAAAAGUUUACAAAAUAUCUAUUAUUUGUUUUUAAUUAUCAAAAUCAAAUACGCUAGUGUAAAAUUAAUUAAUUUAACAAAUAUUAAUAAUAAUUAUUAUAUAAUAAAUAUAAUAAUAUAAAUAAAAAAAAUGGCUGCUAUGGUUAAUAUGACCAGCCUUUUAAAUGGCAAAGAUUCACGUUGGCUCCAGCUAGAAGUAUGUCGGGAAUUUCAAAGAAAUAAAUGCUCCCGCCAAGAUACUGAAUGUAAAUUUGCCCAUCCGCCAGCAAAUGUUGAAGUUCAAAAUGGCAAAGUCACCGCUUGUUAUGAUAGCAUUAAGGGUCGUUGUAAUCGUGAUAAACCGCCUUGCAAAUAUUUUCAUCCUCCACAACAUUUGAAGGAUCAAUUGUUGAUAAAUGGCCGUAAUCAUCUUGCCUUGAAAAAUGCACUAAUGCAACAGAUGGGUAUUGCACCAGGACAGCCAGUUAUACCAGGACAAGUGCCACAAGUGGCCACAAAUCCUUAUUUAACUGGCAUACCUGCUAACACAUACAGUCCAUAUUUUGCACCUGGUCAUUUAGUGCCUGCCUUAUUGGGUCCUGAUCCUACAGCUGUCUCACAAUUGGGACCAGUUGUACCGCAAGCGGUACAAGUGGCUCAACAAAAAAUACCACGUUCCGAUCGAUUAGAGGUUUGUCGUGAAUUUUUACGCGGUGCUUGCAAACGUGCCGAAUCUGAAUGCCGUUUUGCACAUCCGCAGGAGAGUGUUGCCCGACACGAUGAUGGUUCCAUUACGGUGUGCAUGGACGCCGUAAAAGGUAGAUGCACACGUGAUCCCUGCCGCUAUUUUCAUCCUCCCUUGCACCUACAGGCACAAUUAAAAGCGGCGCAAUCACGCGCCACCGCUGUUGCUGCAGCCGCUGCGAUGGAUGUUAAAACGGUUGGUUCAUUUUACUAUGAAAAUUUUGCUUAUUCUGGCAUGGUGCCCAUUAAACGUCCUGCUGCUGAAAAGUCUGGCAUUCCUGUGUAUCCCGGUGCAACAACAUACCAACAGUUAAUGCAAUUGCAACAACCAUUUGUACCAGUCUCAUACGAUAAGGUUGAAGUAUGUGAUCAACGUGUGGCUGUGUGUCGUGAUCAUGCCAAUGGUCAGUGCAGACGUAAACAAUGUAAAUAUUAUCACAUACCAAUUGUUUUGCCGCCCGCUAAUAUAAUGGCAGCAUUAAUAAAUGGCAACAAUAGUAACAACAAUAAUAAUAACAUUAGCAGCAACAAUAAUACUAAUACACACAAUCAGCAGCAACAACAGCAAAAUACACUUCAACAGCAACAACAACAACAACAACAUGACUAUGAACAACAAUUAAAACUAACAACAACAUGUGGUGUUGUAAUACCCUCAACAACGGCUACAAUUGCAACCACAAAUUAUAAUAAUAAUUUAAUUAUAAUUGAACCACAUCAUCAGCAACAUUUCUAUACACCGGCAACGAUAAGUUAUACAACAACACAACAUCAACAACAGCAAUCAUGUUUACCUACAGCAAAAGCAUUAACAACACAAACAAAUUUGUUUCAUCAUCAACAACAACCACAACAACAUGCAUCGACAGCUCUCUCACAUAUCUAUCAUACCUCACAACAGCAACCACAGCAAUAUCAACAGUUACAAUAUACAACUGCCAAUACAAAUUACAAUAGUCAUCAUCAUCAUCAUCAACAACAACAUCCACAAAUUCACUACCAACAACAAUAUCAACAUCAUCAACAGCAACACCACAGUCACCAUCAUCAUCAUCCUCACCAGCAUCAUCACAUCACCUCACCUUAUUCCCCCUCUGCUGCCUCAACGUCAUCGUCCGCCUCCUCAUCGUUAUCAUGUUCGAAGGCCUGCUCUCCCACCCUCUCGACGACUACGACCCACUCAACAACAUCUACAGCCACAAUACCUACACCAAUGGCAGCUAAUUAUUUGCCUUUAGCUGCAGCUGCACCUCUACAACCACCAGCUACAGCAACAAACACAACAACACCCAAUUAUCUUAAGGCCCCACCACAUCCAGCGCCUAAUGCCGCUGCUACGGCCAUGACAAUAGCUAUAGCAACUCAAGCACCGCCUCUGGUCUUGGGUACCACACUCUCCAACAGCAAUUACAAUACGAAUUGCAUUCCAAUUUUAACACAACCAACCGAUGUUACAACAUUGACCGGUGCUGCUGCAGCACUAACACAACAUCCAGGACAUCCAACACAUGCCUUCAUCUAUCCAGCUACAGCACAGCCUCAACAUUAAGGACUAAAGGGCUUUGUGUAUUGUAGGGAGUUUUAUUACUUAAAGUAAGUUCCACCAAUUUUGUUAAAACUUUUUAAAUAUUGAGAAUAAUUUAUUGAGAAUAAAAUUUUCUCUCUCUCUCUCUCUUAAAUUGAUAAGAGAAACUUGACAACAAUGUUAUAAAACCGUAAUAAACUGUUAUUAGCCCAUGAGUUAAUGAGCAGAUCAUGUUUACAUAAGUUCUAAGAACAACUUAGACAUUGUGUUAUUUAACUUAUAGCGAUGUGUUUUUUGAGCAACUUUUACUCUAAGAAAAUUGCUCAGAUUUAAAGCAACUAUAUGAUUUUUUUCAUUUGAUGAGCAAUUUUUCCUUUAUAAAUUUCUUCAGUUACUGAACAACUUUGGCUAUAGAAAACUGUUCGGUUUUAGCGCAAAAUUUUGAGCAACUCUUGCUACAGCUUAAAAAUAUGCUGAGUUUUCGAUAAAUUUUCAGUUGAAAAACGUGCUUAGCUUCAAUUUGUUCUUAAGCACAUUUUUCUAUAGAAAAUUCCUCAGUUUAUAAGCAUGUUUUCCUAUAGGAAAUUUAAGAAACUUCUUUAUUUCUGAGCAACUUUUUCGAACGUAACCUAUUAAGUUUCUAAGCAACUUUUCCCAUAGACAUGAUGUCAGUUUCUAAGCAACUUUUCCCAUAGACAUGAUGUCAGUUGAUGUCAAGUAACUUUUUCUAUAGAAAAGUUGUUACUUUCUAAGCAACUUUUUUAAUAGACAAGUUGUCAGUUAUUAAGCAACUUUUUUAAUAGAUAAGUUAUCAGUUUCUAAGCAACUUUUCCUACAGACAAGUUAUCAACUUCUAAGCAACUUUUCCUAAAGACAAGUCCUCAGUUUUUGAACAACUUUUCCUAUAGACAUGAUGUCUGUUUCUAUACAUGAUGUUAGUUUCUAAGUAACUUUUCCUAUAGACAAGCUGUCAAUUUCUAAGGAACAUCUCCUGUGUACAUGACGUCAGUUUCUAAGAAACUUUUUUAAUAGACAAGUUGUUAGUUCUAAGCAACUUUUCCUAUAGACAAGUUGCCAGUUUCUAAGCAACUUUCUUAAGUUGUCAGUUCUAAGCAACUUUUCCUAUAGACAAGUUGUCGGUUCAGUAUCUAAGCAACUUUUCCUAUAGGCAUGAUGUCAGUUUCUAAGCUAAUUUUACUUUAGACAUAAUGCUAGUUUAUAAGCAACUUUUCCUAUCGACAAGUUGUCUGUUUCUAAUCAACUUUUCCUAUAGAUAUGAUGUCAGUUUUAAGACACUUUUCCUUUAACAAAUUUAUCUCUUCUUAGCAACAUUUUCUAUAGACAAGUUGUGAGUUUCUAAGCAACUUUUCCAAUGAACAUGAUGUCAAUUUCUAAGUAACUAUAGAUAUGAUUUUAGCUUUAAAUCAUUUCCUAUAGACAAGUUGUGAGUCGUUUAGAUUCUGAACAACUUUUUUGAAUAGAAAUUUUUGGAAUAUUAAGCAAAAUUUCCUAUAGAAAACUGUUUGUGAGCAACAUUUCAGAACAGUAAACUAUUUAGUUUAUGAUUAGUUUAUUUCAUGGAAACAAAAACAGUUUUAAAAGCAAAACUGCAAAACAGUGUUGUCAAGUUUAAAGUUCAGUUUAAACUCCUCUAAAAAAAGCGCAGAUCUGUAGCCAAAUAUCUGUAAAAGAAGGCAUAUGUUUUCUUUACUCUGCAACAAAUUCUAAAAGAAACAAAACUAAACUUUAUUUAAGUUUUCUUUUGUAAAAAAAAAAUACAAUACUUAAUAUACAUUAAAACUAAAAAAUAAUUACUUAAAACCAAUGUUCAUAUAAAUAUAAAACUAAAAAAAAAAAUCAUUAAAUGUUUAAACUAAAAAAAAAACUUUCAUUUUAUACAUUAGAAAACAACAACAAAACAUUAUUAGAAUUUAACUAAGAAAUCAAUCACCUAAGCAAACAAAAACAAAAUAAAGUUUUGUUUUUUUAGAAAUUAUUUAAUAAUUUAACUAACACCCAAUUUUAAAACACUUAAAAAAAAAAGAUAAAUUA